AUGGUCUCUUGCUGUCCACCUUCGGACGAUCAACUUCCGGCCACAUCGUCGGACCUGCGCUGUUUGCGAUCCGACCGGACUGCUCCACUGAAGUCCAAACAUCGCGGUUUUCUCCGCCCCCAUAUGGGCAUCCGUACCCUCUCGACUGGGCCUUCAGCCUCCAUUUUGGCUUCAGCCGCCACAGUUUGUCGCACGGCGAGUAUUUGGUCAAGUUGUCCGGGGCAACUGUGA